AUGGAGAUGCGGAAAACAUCUGAGUCUAAGCUACUGGGGGCCAAGCCGAGCGACUUUCUGAGCCUCUUCUCCAGCGUGCAGACCACUCACCAUGUGCUCACUCACCCUUUCGUUCUCAUCUUCCCCACCCACCAGACCAUGGAGAUGCGGAAAACAUCCGAGUCUAAGCUACUGGGGGCCAAGCCCAGCGACUUUCUGAGCCUCUUCUCCAGCGUGCAGACCACUCUGGCGAGUGCUGUGCUGGGGAGGGAGGAGGUGACGGAGGAGGCGGAGACGGAGCGAGUGAGGCGGUAUGCUGACGCCCUUGAGAAGGCCCUUACGGACUGCCAUAGGGACGCGUUGCAGUUCGUGAAGAAGCAGCGAGGUGGGUGGGUGGAGGAGGGGGGGAGUGGGGGAUGGGGCUUGGAGGAGCUAGGGGCAUCAAUGUGCGAGUUUGGAGUGGCGCUGCAGUCGCUGGGGCAGUGGGAGGAGGGGCCGCUGGGGAAGUGCUUCAGUGAGGUUGGCAAUAAGGCGGAUAUUGUGGGCUCAGCCACGCGGAACAAUAAAGCCAUCUCAGACCGUUCCCUGGCAUGGCGCAAUCUGAACCAACUCGAGGCAGACCUCAAAGCCAAGAAGGGCAAGCUGCAUAGAGCGCAAGCAACGUCAAUGAAGCAGGAGAAGAUCGAGGAGAUCGAGAAGGAGAUUGCAGAUGUGAGUCGCAAGCUGGAAGAUUCCAAGAAGGAGCACGCUGACGUGGCGCAGCGUCUAGCUGGCGAGCUGCAGCGCUGCCACGUGGAGAUGGCAGCGGAUUUCGACCGCAUGUUCCGGGACUUCCAGGCCGUCCAGGUUCGCAUAAUGCGGCAGUCAGCACACUCAUGGGAAUCCCUGCAACCUGCUAUCAGGGCUGCUGGUGCUGCUCUGCAGCAGGCACAGCCACAGCCACUAGCAGCAGCACAACAAGCAGCCUAA